UUCGGAUUCCUGGCCAGCAAAAAGCUCCACAAACAGGAAUAAAUUCUAUCAUGCCGACUCUGUCCACAUAGGCGAAUUGCGCUUCUCCUCCUUCAUCGCGCAUCAAGAGCGGCAGCCGAGCAGUACUGUGCCAACGAAGAUGCUGCCCUACAUCAACACACCAUUUGUCCAUGUUGGCAAGCUUCUGGGGACGUCACCUGACGACUUGAAGCUUGUGUUUUCGUUUUAUCUUUCAUAUCCACUAGCGGCAAUUUUGAAGCGCAUACCCGAUCGAGACCCAUGGAAGAAGAAUUUGUUCAUAAUAUGCGUCUCAGUCUUCUAUCUAGUCGGGCUCUUUGACCUUUGGGACGGCUUUAGGACCUUGAUCAUUAGUGCGACCGGGGCAUACAUGAUUUCAUGGCGAAUCAAGUCACCCUAUAUGCCUUGGGUUGGGUUUGUCUUUCUCAUGGCGCAUAUGUCCAUCAACCAUAUAUACAGGCAACUCUUGGAUGACGACUCCGUUGUGGAUAUUACAGGCGCUCAGAUGGUUAUGAUCAUGAAACUCACAGCCUUUUGCUGGAAUGUCCAGGACGGCCGUUUGCCAGAUUCAGAACUGUCCGAUUUCCAGAAAGCCCACGCUAUUCGGGAACUCCCCGGCAUUCUCGACUACGCAGGAUAUGUCCUCUUCUUCCCUGCCCUGAUGGCAGGUCCGGCUUUCGACUACUGUGACUACAGCCGGUACAUCAGUACCACUAUGUUUGCCCUCCCGCCUGGGGUGGAUCCAUCGAAAGCCCCUCCCACACGAAAGAAGCGGAAGAUCCCUCGCAGUGGGACUCCAGCAACGAUUAAAGCCCUUGUGGGAUCUUUGUGGAUAUUUUCCUUCCUUAAGUUCUCGGGAUGGUACAAUACCACGUACCUUUUGAGCGACGAAUUCACCAAGUAUGGCUUCCUGCGCCGUGUAUGGUGUCUAUAUAUGCUCGGUUUUACGACCCGGAUGAAGUACUACGGUGUCUGGACCCUCACUGAAGGAGCCUGCAUCCUCUCUGGCAUCGGAUACAACGGCAUUGAUGCAGUGACGGGUCGUGCUAAGUGGGACAGACUUACCAAUAUCAAACCCCUAGAGCUCGAACUCGCACAAAACACCAGAGGAUUCUUGGGUGCUUGGAACAUCAACACCAACAAUUGGCUAAGAAACUAUAUGUACCUUCGAGUUACGCCCAAGGGGAAGAAGCCGGGCUUCCGAGCUACUCUGGCGACAUUCUUCACAAGCGCCUUUUGGCAUGGGUUCUAUCCUGGCUACUAUCUCAGCUUCAUCUUAGCCGCUUUCAUUCAAACCGUCGCGAAGAAUGGUCGCCGACUCAUCCGGCCGCUCUUUCUGACUCCUGAUGGCAAAGCCCCUCUCCCGUCAAAGCAGUACUACGACAUAGCUACCUUUUUCAUAACACAGGCCACGUUCGCCUUUACGGUGGCUCCGUUCAUCUUCCUCCGCUUGCACGAUAGCCUUGCUAUCUGGUCGCGGGUUUACUACUACGGGGUCGUGGGGACUGCGUUAUCGUUCGCCUUAUUCGACGGCUCGCUACCUUUCCGCGCCUGGUUGAUUAAGCGCCAGAAGGCUCGUACUGGGACAGCACAGACCACCGCGAAGACUGCCGAUGAGGCAGACACGAGCCUGGAGUCAAAGAAGAUCGAGAAGGUGGCUAGGGAGGCCGCACAGGAGAGUCUGGCCAAGGAAGACGCGCGUGACACAAAGCUAAGAAAGAAGGGGAGCAUGGAGAGCUUGAGAACUGGUAUGCUGGGCAUACCUGAUGAUCCGGCCAAGGAGAUGGAGGAUAUUGUGGCAGAAGUGAAGAGGGACAUUGAGGAGAGGAAAAGAAGGGGAAGUUUGGUGCAAGGCUUCGAUGUUAGACGAGCGGUGGAUGAGAAGGUCAAGCAGCUGAGGAGCAGAUAGUGGGUUAAGAUGUUGACUGCAUCGCGUUGAUUGGGAUGAACGUCGAUCGAGCUGGGUAGCUGGGGAGUCGAAUGGGAGGAACAUAAUGGAUGACGGGCUACAGGGAGCGAGAUGGGGAACAUCAAUCCGCUCCCAUUCGCGGAAACGUGGGGGAUACCUAUUGUUAGUGUAUAUUUCCGGACUUGAGCGUACAUGUAGAGUUCUCCGUACCCACUUCUGAAUCUUGGCAUGUUACAUGAUUUCCGUUGAUGGAGAUCGUCUUCCACUAUGCGACUUUUC